UGUGCCGUGCACCGCAUUUCGCUUUGGCUAUGCGUAAAGAUUGGUGUCUUUCUCCUAUAUGGAGUCCUGUUUUGUAAACCUACGGUGCGGUAUCUGGAGUUCUUUUCAACGGAAGUCUUUCUGAAUCCAGAGAAAGAUACCAAAACGCAGGAUACCAUUUUUAUGUUUUUAAAACCAACCCGUUUCUUUUCGUUCUUACAUGGAACUGGGAGACGUGAUGUAGCGUUCAGCGGAGCAGAGGACGCGGUGUGCAAAAGUGCCACGGUAAAGCAAAGCGAUCUGGAUUUAAACAAGGAGCCUUUUCACUGACCAAUAUUAUCAAUAAAAUAAGAGGAUAUUGGACAUUUAUGGCAAACCUACUUUGCAGAGAAAUUACGAGUGGAGUUUACUGAACCAAGUCCUUGGUUUCCCUUGUCGCUGUUUCGUUGGUGACAGAGUAUCUGCAUGUUAUUUUUCCGGGCAAGGACGUUACUCAUUGGAAAAAAGACAGUUUAAUCUUAGCAGUUUCAACGCUGAUGUGUUUUAAUGGCAGGACUUCACUGCGGGCUCGUGUCGGAGCUCUGAAACACGGAGUGUCCAGUGUCCAGUCCCGUCCUGUGAUGCACAGGUUUGGGACCAUCAGCUGCUGAGCCGCAGGACAUUGUGUAAGCUGUGAAUUCUUUUUUUUCUUUUUUUUUUUUUUUAAACCGUGAGUGAGACUGCAAGAGGACCUGAGUGGAACUGAGAGCCUCAGCAACCAGGAACCAGGAAGCUCUGCCAGGGGACCAGUGCUUUUGGGGCUCAACCCAGUGAAGGCUCAGCGUUUGGGGGGGAUGUGUCGCGGAGGGGAGGGGGCCAUGUGGAGCGGACGCUUUCUCCUCCUCGCCUGUGUCCUGGCUCCGCUGGCACUCGCGUUCAGUCGUGCGCCAGUGCCCAUGGCGGUGGUGAGGCGGGAGCUGUCGUGCGAGGGUUACCCCAUCGAGCUGCGCUGCCCGGGCACCGAUGUCAUCAUGAUCGAGAGCGCCAACUACGGACGCACCGACGACAAGAUCUGCGACGCCGACCCGGCUCAGAUGGAGAACACGCGCUGCUACCUGCCGGACGCUUACAAGAUCAUGUCCCUCAAAUGCAACAAUCGAACGCAAUGUGCGGUGGUGGCCGGGCCCGAAGUCUUCCCUGACCCCUGCCCUGGAACAUAUAAGUACCUGGAGGUGCAGUACGAGUGUGUCCCAUACAAAGUGGAACAGAAAGUUUUCUUGUGUCCUGGACUGCUGAGAGGCGUAUACCAGAGCGAGCACCUCUUCGAGUCGGACCACCAGUCCGGGGCUUGGUGCAAGGACCCACUGCAGGCGUCCGACAAGAUCUACUACAUGCCAUGGACGCCGUACCGCACUGACACACUCACCGAGUACUCGUCCAAGGAGGACUUCAUCGCCGGACGGCCCACCACGACCUACAAGCUGCCACACCGCGUGGACGGCACGGGGUUCGUAGUGUACGACGGCGCGCUCUUUUUCAAUAAGGAGCGCACGCGUAACAUCGUCAAGUUCGACCUGCGCACGCGCAUCAAGAGCGGAGAAGCCAUCAUCGCCAGCGCUAACUACCACGACACGUCGCCCUACCGCUGGGGCGGCAAGUCCGACAUCGACCUGGCGGUGGACGAGAACGGCCUGUGGGUCAUCUACGCCACCGAGCAGAACAACGGUCGCAUCGUCAUCAGCCAGCUCAACCCGUACACGCUGCGCGUGGAGGGCACGUGGGAGACGGCCUACGACAAGCGCUCGGCCUCCAACGCCUUCAUGAUCUGCGGCGUGCUCUACGUCAUCAAGUCCGUCUACGAGGACGACGACAGCGAGGCGACGGGCAACAAGAUCGACUACAUCUACAACACAGAGCUCAGCAAGGACAGCUACCUGGACAUCUCCUUCCCCAACUCCUACCAGUACAUCGCCGCCGUGGAUUACAAUCCCCGCGACAACCUGCUCUACGUCUGGAACAACUACCACGUGGUCAAGUAUUCGCUGGACUUUGGCGCCCUGGACAACAGACUAGAAUCGUCCUCCUCCGUGCACCUGUACAUGGACACCACCACCACGCGGACCACCACCCGGGCCCCCUACACCCCCACCACCAGCACCACCACCACCACAGUGGGCACCAGCACCACCUCCACACUUGGCGUGGCCACCCCCACCACCAGCACCACCCUGCGGCCCGCCACCCUGACCGUGGGCCCCUGGGGCUCCAGGAGCAGCACCACCCAGGCCCUGCCAGCAGAGGGCAGCGCGCCGGACACAGCCACGCGCUCCGCGCCCUCCUCGCAGCUCCCCAACGUCGCCGCGGAGUUCUGCGGCCCGGUGGUGGAGGCCGACGUCGCCUGGCCCAAGACUAAGCAGGGGCUGGUCGCCCGGCAACUGUGCCCGUCUGGAACGAUGGGGACGGCCACGUUUAGCUGCAUGGGGCCCGAGGGCUACUGGGACGCCCAGGGACCGGACCUGAGCAACUGCUCCUCCCACUGGGUCAACCAAAUCAACCAGAAGCUAAGAGCUGGAGAGACUGCAGCCAUCAUUGCCCGUGAGCUGUCGGAUCUGACCAAAGGCCAUAUGCACCCGGGGGACAUCAGCUACACCGUCAGGGCCAUGGGUCAGCUGGUGGAGCUGCUGGACGUGCAGCUGAGGAACCUCACCCCCGGGGGGAAAGAUAGCGCAGCCCGCAGCCUCAAUAAGCUGCAGAAGCGAGAGCGAGCGUGCCGCUUUUUCGUCCAGGCCAUGGUGGAGACGGUGAACAACCUACUGCAACCCCAGGCCCAGUCGGUGUGGAAAGAGCUGUCCACUGGGGAACAGCUGAGGGCAGCCACCAUGCUGUUGGACACUGUGGAGCAGGGGGCCUUCGUUCUGGCCGACAACCUGCUCAAGACCGACAUUGUCCAAGAAAACACAGAGAACAUUCAAUUGGAGGUGGUGCGCAUGAGCACGGAUGGCAAUCUGCCUGACCUGAAGUUUCCGCAGAGUGGAGGUCAAGGAAACUCCAUCCACCUGUCUGCCAACACCCUGAAGCAGCAUGGCCGCAACGGUGAGAUCCGGAUGGCGUUCGUCCUGUACAAACACCUGGGCUCUUACCUGUCCACGGAGAACGCCAGUAUGAAGCUGAGCAACGAGGCGCUGGCCACCAACUACUCGGUCAUCGUAAACUCGCCCGUCAUCACGGCCUCCAUCAGCAAAGACAGCACCAAGGUCUACCUGUCUGACCCCGUCAUCUUCACCGUCAAACACCUGCUGCAAUCUCAGGAGAGCUUCAACCCCAACUGUUCGUUCUGGAGCUAUUCCAAGCGGACCAUGGUGGGCUCGUGGUCGACGCAGGACUGCCGGCUACUGGGCACCAACAAAACCCACACCACCUGCUCCUGCACCCACCUCACCAACUUCGCCGUCCUCAUGGCACACGGAGACAUAAAGAACGCAGACCCAGUACAUGACCUGCUGCUGGACGUGAUCACGUGGGUGGGCAUCUUGCUCUCGCUGGUCUGCCUGCUCAUCUGCAUCUUCACCUUCUGCUUCUUCCGUGGCCUGCAGAGCGACCGCAACACCAUCCACAAGAACCUGUGCAUCAGCCUCUUCAUCGCCGAGUCCCUCUUCCUCGUGGGCAUCAACCGCGCUGACCAGCCCAUUGCGUGUGCGGUGUUUGCGGCGCUGCUGCACUUCUUCUUCCUGGCGGCGUUCACCUGGAUGUUCCUGGAGGGCGUGCAGCUCUACGUCAUGCUGGUGGAGGUGUUUGAGAGCGAGCACUCGCGCCGGCGCUACUACUACAUGGUGGGCUACGGCGUGCCCGCCCUCAUCGUAGCCAUCUCCGCCGCCGUCGACUACCGCAGCUACGGCACCGACAGAGUGUGUUGGCUGCGUCUAGACACCUAUUUCAUCUGGAGCUUCAUAGGUCCUGCCACCCUGAUCAUCAUGCUGAAUGUGAUCUUCCUCGGAAUCGCGCUCUACAAAAUGUUUCAUCACACGGCGAUCCUCAAGCCAGAUUCUGGCUGCUUGGACAACAUUAAAUCCUGGGUGAUCGGUGCCAUUGCGCUCCUCUGCCUGCUGGGCCUGACCUGGGCCUUUGGCCUGAUGUACGUCAACGAGAGCACCGUGAUCAUGGCCUACCUCUUCACCAUCUUCAACUCCCUCCAGGGCAUGUUCAUUUUCAUCUUCCACUGCGUCCUACAGAAGAAGGUGCGUAAAGAGUAUGGGAAGUGCCUGCGUACGCACUGCUGCAGCGGGAAGAGUGUGGACACCUCCAUGGGCUCCGGCAAGAGCACGGCCUCACGUGUCCCCGGACGCUACGCCUCUGGCUCACAGAGUCGGAUCCGCCGCAUGUGGAAUGACACAGUCAGGAAGCAGUCCGAGUCCUCUUUCAUCACGGGCGACAUCAACAGCUCCGCUUCGCUCAACCGAGGUGCCAUGGCUAACCAUCUUAUUACUAAUGCACUGCUGCGGCCCCAUGGCACUAACAAUCCCUAUAACACAUUGCUUGGGGAGUCGGCCAUCUAUAACAACCCGUCGGUCAGCAUGUACAACGCGCAAGAGCCCUACAGAGAGACAAAGGGUCUCCUGAACAAUGCCCGGGAUACAAGUGUUAUGGAUACUCUACCGCUGAAUGGUAACCACGUCAACAGCUACAGCCUAGCCAGCGCCGAGUACAUGAGCGACUGCGUGCAGAUCAUCGACCGCGGUGGCUACGGCGGCCACAAGGAGACCACCCUGGAGAAGAAGAUCCUCAAGGAGCUCACGUCCAACUACAUCCCCACGUACCUGAACAACCACAACCACGCGCACACCCACGAGCGGUCCAGCUCGGGCUCCGAGCACGGACGCAACCUCAUGAACAAGAUGGUCAACAACGUCAGCAACGGGGGCAAGGACACGCUGGGGCUGGGGCUGGGCAGCCUCGGGAGCCUGGGGCUGGGCAGCGGUGGAGGCAGCCUGGACCUGGGUGACUCGUCCUCGGUGUACAAUCACCACCACCACGACGACGACGGCAGCGGCACCAUCGGCGGCGGUCUGGAGCUGAUCCGGGAGGAGUCGCACGCGCCCCUGCUGCCGCCCCGCGUCACGCCCACGGACAACCACACCCUGCACCACCUCCACAGCCUCCAGCAGCAGCACCACCACCUCCACCCGCACCCCUUCUCGUCAUCCUCCGGCUCUUGCGCCGGACGCCGGCUGCCCCAGGAGACCAGCGAGAGCUUCUUCCCGCUGCUGGGCGGCGAGCAGACCCAGGGCGACACGCCGUCGCCGCAGAGGGACUCGCUGUACACCAGCAUGCCCGAGCUCGGCGACGGGGACACCGCGGUCAGCAAGGAGCCGCUCGGGGGAGACGAACACGGGAAGGGUUGCGGAGGCAGCGGUGGAGGAGGAGUGGACCCGAUCGACGACGUCUACUACAAGAGCAUGCCCAACCUCGGCUCCCGGAACCACCUCCACCAGCUCAGCUCCUACUACCAGCUAGGGCGGGGCAGCAGUGAUGGAUUCAUCGUGCCGCCCAAUAAGGAAGACCCCUCCCCGGAGGACCCGCCUCCUGAGGCAUCCCAUCUGGUCACCAGCCUAUAGGAGGCGAUCGCCUGACAAAAACGCCACGCACACCUAUCCGAUGCCACCUGGUCCCCUUCAGUGCCCCGUACCUGGUCACUUACAUUGGCUCCAUCUUCUUCUUCAUGGUCAGUCGUCGGCUGUUGUAGAUGAUCUCUUUGGUUUGUUCCUUAACUGUUUUUUUUUCUCCCGAUUUUUGUGUAUUUUUCAGGAACAACAGCAACAAUGGCAAAAACAUUUACACAAACACACACAAACAAACAAAUGGACGAAAAACAUGGACGCCAAUAUGAUUGAAAGGUUGUGGUGAAUCUUUGUUCUGAUGGCGAAAAAAUAACUCAACAAUGUGCAUUUUAGGAGGCAAAAUGAGGAGGCAAAACGUUUGAUUGGACUAACUUGUCUCCUCUUCGCUCUUGAGAACUAUACCUGACCAGGUCGGAAUUUCAAACUGCAUCUUGUAACUUAACGUUCCAAAGGAAUUGCAAACCAUCUGAAAACAAUUGCGCAACUUGCUGAGUGUGUAGAAUAAACAACAACAACGACAACAAUCAAAUCAAACAAACAAGCGUGACAAGAAAAAACUAUUUUAUUAUACUUCUGUAUCCAUAUUUGCUUUUUAAAAAAACCUGUCUUUUCUUCCUAUCUGGUGAAACACAGCACAUUUUGCUGCAGUGUCCGUGCAAAUCAAGCAAAAAUGACAAAAAAAAUCACAAAAACUUUGAACAGUUUCGCAAAGGACAUCUUUAUCAAUAUGCCCUAGAGCAUAUUUUUUGUUGUUUUUUCCUUUUUUUGCUGUAUUAAUAACAAUUAUUAAAAGAGGGAAAAAAAACUAAUACCAGAGAAUUAUAAGAUAUUUCUAUGUAAAUGUACAGAAAUUAGCAUUGCACAUAGUAUGCUUUUUUGUUCCACCAGAAAUCUUUGUCCCUGUAAAUGUUGUGAAAAGAUGCUAAUUUUCGUCCCUUUCUGUUGUGAUGGUCUUGCAGGUUUUAUUGAAGCGCUUGGAGCGCUGUUCCUUUAUUUAGCUUUUUUUAUCCACCUUCCUUUCGAUUCUGCCUUUCACAGUUCACUAGCAAAGACUUAAGCAACAGAAAUCGAAAAACCAUGGAAACAAACUCAUAGCUUACUUAGCAAUUAUCAUUUUCAGUAUUAUAAUCACUGAUGUUUUGUUUCAAUCAUUUUUCAUACUGUUUUACCGUUGUUGUUUUUUUUUUUAGUAUUAUUUUUUUUUUCCUCUGUGUAGAUAAAACUUGUUGAAAGAGAAAGGGAUGUGGUUUUAGCUAACUGUUCAAAAGAUCAGAUGUUUUUUUGCCUAAAUUCUUUGAGGGUUCAAAGUUUGAAGAUUAAAUGUCAUACGAAAGCACGAGGUGACAGAUUAGAGAUCCUUGAUUAAUGCUGAGUAACCAAUUGAAUUCCUCCAAUUGAAUAACACAGAGGGCAAAGUUUCAUGUCUUAACAUGACAUGAGAUGACUAGCUGGACAUGUCUCACGUUCUCUCCCCAGUAGAGAAAACAUAUUUAUUUAUUUGUUAAGAAAAUGAACAAAAGUGUUCAGGAAGAUGCAGAACAGCAGUGGCGUUUUUUUUUUUUUUUUUAAUCUUUUCAUUUUAUUUAUUCAUUUCUGUUCUCCUGUUGGUUUUCAAGUUGAUUGACCUCAUAACUAAUAUCUGUUGUAACGGUGAAACUUGUUUGCCAACAAAUAAAUUACCGAUUAAGAUUUACCACGUAGCCAUUGCUAAGGGCUUCUGUUGUCUGUGUAACUUGUUACCAGUUGAGCAUCAAGUGCAUUAGUCCAUUACCUUAAGCUUGCAAUCAGGCUUUGUAUUGUGGUUGGGGGAGGGGGGGAUAGCCAACUCGAGAUCAAUGGUUAGAUGCAAAUGAUUAUACACUCUGUAGAUGAUGCUGAUGUCUUCACAGAUGUUUGUGGCAACAUUUCAAUUGAUACGGAUAAAGAGCUAAUAAAAGGACUAUGAGUUU